AUGCGUAAGGUUUGGCUGCUUGCCAGCACUCUGCUGGCGUUUCUGAACUUCGUCAAAUCACAGGAUGUCGCUCGUUCGCUCUACAGUACCAGAUACGACAACCUGGACAUUGACACAAUUUUGGGCAGUAACCGGUUGGUAUCGAACUACGUCGAUUGUUUGUUGAGCCGCAAACCGUGCCCACCGGAAGGCAAGGACCUGAAACGUAUCCUCCCGGAAGCACUGCGCACCAAGUGCACUCGCUGUUCACCGAUCCAGAAAGAAAACGCCCUGAAGAUCAUCACCCGGCUGUACUACGAUUACCCCGAUCAAUACAGAGCACUGCGAGAACGUUGGGACCCGUCAGGGGAGUAUCAUCGACGAUUCGAGGAGUACCUGCGCGGACUACAGUUCAACCAGAUCGGUGGAAAUGGCGGCUCAACCACGUCGGUCGGAUCACCCAGCGUUAGUAACACGGUAGAGAGUGGUGGCAACGAUCGGCCGGUAAGAAAUGACCUCGAUCGACAACCUGCCACACAGAGCAGCAACGUGCAGGCGGUAGUGAUAGACCCGCAGACGCUGGCCGGCCAGCCGAGCGAUCCCGCGGUUCCUGUACCGACACCGGCAGCUGUUGUGCCCGCGACCGAACGACCCAGGCCACCGGCACCGGUAGCACAAAUUUUAUUCCCAACCACUACCACCCCUAGUGACACCAGUAGCCCUUCUACUACCACCUCCACUAGUACCUCCACUUUUGGAUCGCUAGAACUCACCACUUUAGGGCCGCUGGCCGCUAACAUCGCGGGUUCCGCCAGCAUAACCGAACCUCCGGGCGAGCUCUCGCUGGACAGCGCCCGGCCGGAUCGGGCGGACUCGACCGGGCCCGUAGUACCGGUACCGGUAAAUUACUAUCUCAACAUCACUAACGGUGGCUCGCUAACGCUUUGGAUGGUCCACGAUCCGCAGCUGGCCGGCAUCGGUAUUCCUCGACCGGACGAGGCACAGCCACCGAUAUGGGAAGGAUCGCAACUGGCACAGCAAAUUCCACCGGCACAACGGCCACCGGGGGUCAACGGUUUCGUCGAGUUCGGUCCAUUCGCGACGUUCGAUUCGAUUGCACCCAUCGUCCAGCAGCCGUCCUCAGGCGACAGUGUUGGAAUUCAAAAUUGGGGUCCUGCCGGCAACAGCCCGCAGUUGGCAUUGGCUUCGACGAUAGACGUUUCGGGUACUACGGCUGGAUUGGUGGUGACAACGACGCGACCCACCAUCGUCGACGGGUUUGAUGCGCUCCUCACGGCUCCACCACUCGUAGUGGUUAAUCGAUUCGGUGAAGAUGGAAACGCUUCCAGGCCACCUGUACCAGUUGUACCUGUGGAAACGGCGACUACUACGACCACGCCAAGGCCUACUACAACUGUGCGGCAGACGCGACCAGUCACACGCCAGACGACAACAAGAAAUAACCAACGUACUACGACGCGAUUCGCCACAAACGUCCCACUCCAGCCGAGCCCGAUCGUGGGUCUGUGGAACCAGCUUGGGACGAAGAUCGCGGACACGGCUGACGCUAUCGCUGGCAUGCUGAAGAAGACGGUUGAUGUCCUGGUGACGAGCCACAUCCAAUCGCACCAGCGGGCACUUCGGCGUAUCUAGUGGCAAAGCGAGCCCGUAAAAUGGCGUGAAAAAUUAUGUGAGAAUGCUUGCCGUUUUAGGCAUCGGUGUUUCCAUCCGUAGAUUAUUGCCCCAGUGUACGUAUACGGGCGUGUGUAUGAUUCGCAAGUCCCUAGUACCGUGUCCAGUGAGAAAGAAGGAAAAAGACAGCCCCAACCCAUCAAAACGGACGAUUGGGGAUGUUCGCGUUCGAAAAGAAAAUGAAGGAAAAAGCCUACACAAACUCCUCACCGUUCGGAGUGCUAAAAUAGCAUCUGUAGUGAAGCGCAUUUUCAUUCCAAAUCCCCAUUUGAGCGUCAUCCAGCGUAGCUUACCCCAUCCAGACCAACAAGUGGCCCUGAAAUCAUGUAACCCUUCUGUGAUUGAGUAGAGUGAUAAAAUUUACGUGUAUCCUUGUGUAGUUGAGCGUCCCAGACUUGGCCACUAUGUCGUAGCACCUCUGGUAGGAGUAGUGUUUCUUUUCAGUGUUAUAUUUUGCUUAUUUUUCUUGCUCAAAUUCCCCAUAUCUCUAUCGAAAGUGCUUCAUAAAAUUCGUUUGAGCAGCACCGAGGUGCUGUGCAGCGUAUGAAAGAAACAGCAACGUAAUGACAUAUUACAGGGUGAAUUUUAAGGUUCAUGGAUUACGAUUGUAUCUUGCUAUCAAAUAAAUGUAU